AUGUAUGCUUUUCGCUUGAGAUCAUCUCAUACCAAUCCAAGGAUCUUCAUCAGAUCUCUCUAUCCUGAAAUGACAUAUGUUGUUGUUCCAAGACGAUUUCAUGAAGCUGUGGGUGCUGAAAUCAAUGAUGUUGUUCAACUUCAAGAUCCUGUAGGAAACUCAUUUGAGAUGCCUUACUACUACAACCAAGGGGAGUUCCGAAUUGGGGCUGGUCUGUUUUUGUUGCGUUCACUUCACCAAAUUCAAACACCCGUCGUCAUUCACUUUAUCUAUCAUGGUGAGGCCAGAAUUUUAAUCCGCAUUUAUGACUUAGUAGGCCAGGAGAUAAAUUACAACCUUCCUCCUGAAGAUCUACUUCAGAUGAAUCCUAACAUUGGUGCUGCUGAAGAAAAUGAAGUGACUAAUAUAUCCAGUGAUGAUGAGUCCAUUGGAGAAAUUCAAUCAGCACCGUGGAUGGAGAUGAUUUGGCAAACUAAUAUAACUGCUGCACACAUACAUGACAAUAAGACUGUGACUAUUGCAAGCAAUAUACAACAACUAUUUUUCCCUCAGCUUCCGGCGGUCAUAAAUGUUCGUCUUCCUAAUAACUCCAUCAUUCAGUGGCACAUUACAUGGCAUCAUCCACGUAAUUCAAAUGUAUCUGCAUCUUCCAGUGGUGGGAGGCAAGGUGAAAUUGCUGCAGGCUGGUGUGACUUUUAUAGGAAUGAUUUUAUUAGGCUUGGAAAUUCUGUACAAGUUCAUAAUAUUGAGUUGUGGGAGUCAUCUGAAUCUGAUACCUACAUGUGUCAAGUUGGUCUAUACCAGGUGAAAGCUCUACAUCCAACUCAUCUCAAAUCAAUACAAGUGGAAAUACAGCAUUGUGGUGCAACUGUAUGGCUCCUAGAACGAGCUGAAAAGAGCAAAUCUCGAGUUGAUCCUUAUUUCUCUAUUUGUUGUGCACGAGGAAAAAUAUCCGUACCUUAUUUAAAAGAUGCACCAGAAUUGUUGUUGAAUUUGCUUACAAACAAUGAUCCGAGGAGUCGAAAUUUCCUUGACAACAUUCGAGCGUACAAUAGUAUGUUUGCAUUUACCUCUAUUGGAGGCAAAGUUGUUAGCAACAUUAAUGAUGGUCAUGGCCCUCCUCAAUUCAUUAUUAGUGGUCAAAAUUACCAUCGUAUAGGAAGUCUUCUUCCAAAAGAAGGUGAUGCUCCCAAGUUUGCUCAAUUAUACAUAUAUGACACAAAGAAUGAAGUUGAGAAUAGAUUGAAACAUUUCAGGAGCGGUAAUGGAAAUAGUAGUAUUGAUCCGGAAUUGGUUUCCGAUUUGAUUAAAAUGGUUGAUGACUUCAACCGUUUAGCUCAAUUAUUUAGAAAAGUACGUGAUCAUGUUGAACAAGGUGAUGUGGAGAAUGUUGCUUUGAGGUUAUUUAGAAGUUGUUCGCUUGAUCCCAAAACCUACAAUCUUCCAAGUGUUGAUGAGGUUGCCGCCUUAAUAGUGGGUGAUUUUGAUAGCUCUGAUUGUGGGCGUGAUAUUAUUCUUCGCACUAGAGACGGUCAAAUGCAAAGGAUUUAUGAAAACCAUUCUUCAUUCCUUCCACUACAGUAUCCUAUUUUAUUCCCUCAUGGUGAAAAAGGUUUCUCAGAGGAUAUUGAUUUUGCAAAUUCAUUCAAUGUUAAUACAGAUCCUAGGCGUGAUCAUAUUUCUUUGCGUGAAUGGGUUGUUUUUAGACUCUUUGAAAGACAAUUUGAGUGCAAAAGAAUCUUUCUUUCUCGACGAUUGUUCCAGCAAUUUGUUGUUGAUUGUUAUUCAAUGGUUGAGUCUCAGAGAUUGUAUUACAUCCGCAACAACCAAUCAACAAUUAGAAGGCAUUUUUUGGAAGGAAUUGAGGAAGCCAUGGCCCGUGGUGACACAGAUUCAUCCAAAAUUGGUUCAAGAGUAUAUCUCCCUGCAUCUUUUAAGGGCGGCAAGCGUUACAUGUUCAAUAAUUGUCAGGAUACUAUGGCUCUGUCUAGGGUAUAUGGGUACCCUGAUUUGUUUCUAACAAUGACAUGCAAUCCUAAAUGGCCAGAAAUUGAACGACAUGUUCUCGGAUAUGGUUUAAAUUCUUCAGAUCGACCAGAUUUGGCUUGCCGUGUUUUCCAUAUGAAAUUAAAUCAAUUCAUGGUUGAUUGCAAGAAGGGCUAUUUCUUUGGGAAAGCUGUUGCAGGAACGUAUACUAUUGAGUUUCAAAAAAGGGGUUUGCCUCAUGCUCACAUCUUAUUGUGGCUUAGCAUGGAGAAUAAGUUACGUUCUCCUGCUAUGAUUGAUUCUGUUAUAUGUGCUGAGUUGCCAGAUCCUACACAGUACCCUGAAUUGUUUGAAUGUGUAUCAAACUAUAUGGUCCAUGGUCCAUGUGGAUUGAGUAAUAGAGAUUCUCCUUGCAUGAAGAAUGGUCAGUGCUCCAAAUUCUUCCCCAAAAAAUUUGUUUCAAAAACAACAUUUGAUAGUGAUGGUUAUCCGAUAUAUCGAAGGAGGGAUACAAAGGUGACCACUCUUAGGAAAGGAGUUCCUCUCGAUAAUAGAUUUGUUGUUCCUUAUAAUCCUAAAUUGUUGAUGAAAUACCGUGCACAUAUUAACAUUGAGUACUGCAACAAAUCCAACUCCAUUAAAUAUUUAUUUAAAUACAUUAAUAAGGGAGUGGACAGGGUCACAAUGUCAAUGUCUGUGCAACAACCAAACAAGGAUAAGUAUGAAGAUGUAGAUGAGAUUAAACAAUAUUAUGAUUGUAGAUACCUUUCUCCAUGUGAAGCGCUAUGGAGAAUCUUUUCAUUUGAAGUCCAUGUCAAGUGGCCACCUGUUAAAAACCUCAUCUACCACUUGCCCAAAAAACAGGUUAUCCUAUUUAAGGAGCAACAAGCUGUCAAGAAUGUGCUUCAGAGAAACAAGCGGAAGAAUAGCAUGUUUACUGCUUGGAUGGAGGCAAAUGGGAAAUAUGCUCAUGGAAAGGGGCUAACAUAUUCAGAAUUUCCAGCAGCAUUUGUAUUUGAUGAAAAAAAGAAAGAAUGGCGACCAAGGAAACAAGGAUUUAGCAUUGGUCGAAUGAACUUUGUUGCCCCAGGAAGUGGCGAGUUAUAUUACUUGCGACUUCUAUUGAGUUAUCAACGUGGCUGCUCAAGUUUUGAAGAUUUGAAAACACAUAAAAACCAGACCUAUGAAACUUUUAGAGAUACAUGUGAUGCAAUGAGUUUGUUAAAAGAUGAUCGUGAAUUCAUAGAUGCUAUACACGAUGUAGCUACCCGUUCAUCUGGUGCAUAUGUCAGGAACUUAUUUGUUACAUAUUUAAUGGGAAACAUACUAAGCAAUCCUUUGAAUGUAUGGAAUAAAACAUGGCAUGAACUUGCAGAUUGAAUUCUCUACAAUCUACGGAAAGCUCACAACAAACCAGAUUUGGUUAUUGAAGAACAUCGUCUUAAGGACCUAUGUUUAAUGGAGAUUGAGAAAAUUUUGAUGGUUAAUGGAAAAUCUCUAAAGGAUUUUUCUGGAAUGCCUCAUGUUGAAGCUAAUACAUUAACUGAGUAUGGCAAUGUAUUGCUACUCAAUGAGUUGAAUUUUGAUGUUGUUGAGAUGAGCAACUUACACGAUGAAUGCUUUAGCAAGUUGAAUGAUGGCCAAUUGAAGAUUUAUCAAGAAAUUAUAACUGCUAUCAAUGCAAAUAAUGGUGGUUUUUUCUUUGUAUAUGGAUAUGGAGGAACCGGAAAAACUUUUCUAUGGAAAACUUUGACCUAUAAACUAAGAUCUCAGAAACAGAUUAUACUAAAUGUUGCAUCAAGUGGAAUAGCAUCCCUUUUACUACCAGGUGGUCGAACAGCACAUUCAUUAUUUUCAAUUCCCCUUUGUUUGAACGAGGAUUCAUGUUGUGGGAUACCUCAAGGAAGUCCAAAAGCUGAACUGUUACAACUUGCUAGCCUAAUCAUUUGGGAUGAGGCCCCGAUGGUUAGUCGCUAUGCUUUUGAGGCCUUAGAUAGGACUUUGCGGGACAUCAUGAGGUUCAAAAUCCAUAAUAGUUCUGAUAAACCAUUCGGUGGAAAGGUUGUUGUGUUGGGAGGUGAUUUUAGGCAAAUUCUACCAGUUAUUCCCAAAGGUAGGAGAGCCGAGAUUGUUAUGUCAACCAUUAACUCUUCAAGGCUAUGGAGAUUUUGCAAAGUUCUUAAUUUAACCCAAAACAUGAGGUUGACAACUAGCACAUGUGAUGGGGAUAAUGAGGAAGUUAAACACUUUGCAAAAUGGGUUUUAGAUAUGGGGGAUGGUAAGUUGGGUGAUUAUAAUGAUGGCGAGUCUAAUGUUCAAAUUCCGAAAGAUUUGUUAAUAUAUCAAUCUUCCAAUCCUAUUGCAGACAUUGUUCAUUUAAUGUACCCUGACAUUGUUCAAAAUGUGGGUUGUGUCAAAUACUACUCUGACAAAGCAAUUCUUGCUCCCACUUUAGAUGCUGUUGAUUCAAUUAAUCAAUAUGCAUUGUCAUUAUUUCCUGGAAAUGAGAAAACAUAUCUUAGCUCAGAUUCGGUAUGGAGAGUUGAUGAAGAUGUUGGAAUUGAAGCUGAUUGGUUAACUACUGAAUUUUUGAAUGGUCUUAAAUGUUCUGGUAUGCCUGAUCACAAGUUGGUUCUAAAAGAAGGUGCACCCAUCAUGCUCAUGCGAAAUCUUGACAUUUCCACUGGUUUAUGCAAUGGUACAAGACUUAUUGUUGACUACCUUGGUCCAAAUGUAAUUGGUGCUAUUGUUCUUUCUGGCACACAUAUUGGAAAGGUUGUAUACAUUUCUAGGAUGAAUUUGAUGCCAUCUGAUGAAAGCAUGCCUGUGAAGUUUCAAAGAAGACAAUUUCCUUUGAUUGCAUCCUUUGCAAUGACAAUAAAUAAAAGUCAAGGGCAAUCAUUAUCUCAAGUUGGUGUUUAUCUACCAAAGCCUGUUUUUUCCCAUGGCCAGCUCUAUGUUGCUAUUUCUAGAGUUAAGAGCAGAGCUGGUUUGAAGAUAUUAAUAUGCAAUGAAGAUACAAGCCAACUAGAUGUUACAAAAAACAUUGUCUUCCAGGAAGUUUUCCAAAAGAUUUACAACACAUAGUUUGUAUGAUUUCCUAAAUUUUGCCUGCUAUGUUCAGUAUUAACUUAAUUGGCAACAUUUGAACAACAUAUGAUAUAUACUUUA